UUUGGCCGAAUUUACAUGUAAAACUAAGGCCUGCUUUACAAAAGUAGAAUAAAUUGUAUUUUAAUUUUUUAAAUUAAACGAAAAUACUGUUUUUAUAUAGAGAUUAUUUAUAAUAAUAUCUUUAUUGUUAAAUAAUUUUUUAUGUUUAUUUGUGAAUUAUAAUAUCUCUGAAUUUAGAAAUUUUUAAAAUAUUUCUACAACAAGAAAACCGCCAUGACAGUUGUUUUUAAAGAAUCAUAAUAAUAACAAAACAAAUAAAUAAAUAAAAAAAAUACACAACAACAGCUGACAGUUUCUAGUGAUGAGUUGUUGAUGAAUCACUCAGGACCAUUUGCUCUUACAUCAACAGGAAAACUGCUUCAAUAAAUUCAUCCUUCUACCAGUAAUUUUGAAUUUAAAAUUAUUAUUUAUUGAUAAUCUUUUAAAGAUAACAUACACGAAAUUAGUAGAGCUAAUUAUUCAUCAUAAAUUGAUGAAAGUUAUGAAUUUUUUACAUAACAAAAUAAUCAACAAGAAAUUACAAUGGAACACAGUCAAUUACAAUGUACAUUUGCAAUAUUUUCAUGUACAAUUCUAUCAAUCAUCUACGUAGCAAGUCUCUACAUUUGGAAAUCACCACAUUCAAGAGAACAUCCAAGUACAAUUAAAAAACGUUUUCUAAGUGUUUUCAUCAUAUCUUUGAUUUCCCCUGUACCUCUUUACAUAGGAUUAAACCAAGGACUCAUACAACAAGAAACUUUGUGGGAAUUACUUGGUCUAAGAUGGUCAGGUUUAUUACAAGCAGUUUUAAUUCCACUCUUUUUGACAAUUGUCUUAUUUCUUGGUCCAAUCACUAUGCUAAGUGUCAAUGGAUCAUGGCGUUUUUAUGGUGAACCAACUAAUUGGCUAAACAGCAUUAAAUCACUGAUAUGGUGGAGAAAUUUAGUUGUUGCACCACUCAGUGAAGAGUGGACAUUUAGAGCUUGCAUGCUGCCAUUGUUAAUGCAAUGUUUUAAUCAAAAAAUUGCAAUUUUUAUAUGUCCUUUAUUUUUUGGCAUUGCUCAUUUUCAUCAUAUUGUUGACAGAAUGAAAAAAGGAAUGGAAUUUAAACAUGCCUUUUUUAUAUCAAGUUUUCAAUUUGCAUAUACAACUUUAUUUGGAAUUUAUGCUGCAUUUUUAUUUGCUAAAACAGGACACAUCAUCGCGUCAUUCACUGCUCAUUCAUUUUGUAAUCAUAUGGGAUUUCCAGAUAUUUCUGAAGUUCUUGCUUACAAAAAUCCUGUUAAAAGAGCUGGUUUAUUGAGUUUAUUUUUCAUUGGUUUAAUUGCUUGGUGUUUUCUUUUAACACCUCUCACAAAUCCAAAAUGGUUUAACAAUAAUAUUUUUUGGAACGAACAAUCUGUUUAAAUAAAUAUCUAAAAGUAUAUUUUGAUGGAAAAUAAAUUUUUCUGUACGUACCAACAUUAUUUAUCUCCUCAAAUUUCUAAAGAAUUAAAACUUUUUUACAUUAUUAAUAAAAACAAUGUAACAAUUAAAUAUUUAUACGAAAAAUUAUAGUCAAGUUCGAAUAGAAUAUUUAUAAAUAUAUGCAACGAAUUUGUGUUAAUUUGUUUCAAUUAAAAUAAAAUAAAUUUUGAUAU